UAUUUUGCUCAGAUGUUUAAUAAGGGAAUCCAGACGGUUAAAUCACCUGAUUGUCCUUUGGAUCGAAGUCUUGAAGGUUCUCCUAGGUCUGAUCUCCAGUGAUUCCCUCCUGGAAGGUGGACCCCAGAGCUGUAGUUCUUGGACAUUUUGCAGACCUGCCUCCCAGCCUGUAAUGAGCCUUCCCUUCCUGCCUCGCAGCUCUAUCCAAGUGGAAGGAAGAAAAGACUAACUUUCCACUGUAAGAUCCCAUUCCCUUGCUGCUGUGGACAAUCUGAUCGCUCCUGGACAUGUUGGGUUUAGGAGAUCGCAGUUGGAAUACUUACAGCAAACCUUGAAGAUCGGGUGGAUUUAAAGUUCUUGGAACUGGCACGGUCCUUUAACUCUGGUAAUAGAGACCUUAUUUCCCUCCAUGUACUGGAAAAAUGAAAAUGUGGCCCCUCUUCCAGAGGGAAACAAACUGGAUCCUGAAGAGGAUUCUGCAGGAAAGUCACAGUCAGAUGAUGAAAAUCUGCCCUGUAGUUUGGAGAAAGAGGACCACUCCUCCCCCAGCUCUCCAUCUACUCCCUCUGUGUGUUCUCCCCCAUCCUCCUCCUCCUCCGUACCCUCAGAUGGCAAGAAUAUCUGCUCUAGUUGUGGAAUGGAAAUCCUGGACCGAUAUCUGCUCAAGGUAAAUAAUUUAAUCUGGCAUGUCAGGUGUCUGGAAUGUUCAGUAUGCAGAACGUCACUAAGGCAACACAACAGCUGCUACAUCAAAAACAAGGAAAUAUUUUGCAAAAUGGAUUAUUUUAGUCGGUUUGGUACCAAGUGUGCCCGCUGUGGGAGACAGAUCUAUGCCAGUGACUGGGUAAGAAGAGCUCGGGGGAAUGCUUACCACCUAGCCUGCUUUGCAUGCUAUUCAUGUAAAAGGCAGCUGUCUACAGGGGAGGAAUUUGGUCUAGUGGAAGAGAAGGUCCUCUGCAGGAUCCAUUAUGACACGAUGAUAGAAAACCUAAAACGGGCAGCAGAAAAUGGCAAUGGCAUUACAUUGGAGGGAGCUGUUCCAUCAGAACAAGACAGCCAACCAAAGCCAGCCAAGAGAGCACGGACGUCUUUCACUGCAGAACAGCUGCAGGUGAUGCAGGCACAGUUUGCUCAGGACAACAAUCCUGAUGCACAAACACUUCAGAAACUUGCAGAUAUGACAGGGCUCAGCAGGAGAGUCAUCCAGGUUUGGUUUCAGAACUGCAGAGCACGGCAUAAAAAACAUACACCUCAGCACACAGUGCCUCCUCCAGGUCCAGCACCAACACGCCUCCCUUCUUCACUUUCAGACGACAUCCACUUUUCCCCUUUCAAUAGUCCAGAAAGAGCCAGAAUGGUAACAUUACAUGGAUACAUAGAAAGUCAGGUACAGUGUGGGCAGGUGCACUGCAGACUUCCCUAUGCUGCUCCUCCAGUGCACCUCAAAACAGAUAUGGAGGCAACUUUGUCCAACAGAGGUGAUAAGGUCAUCCUUUUUCAGUACUGACCAACAACAUCUUGCCCUUCAUGUCGGGACUAUAAACAAACACAGAUGGGCGCACAACAUACAGGCUGUCAAAAAAAUAGAUAUUCCCAUUUACCAUUCUUUUCGUCCAUGCGGCAAUGUUCCGGAUUUGUGGUAGGGAUGCUGGGUAUUCUUCACAAUAAGAAGCUUCUCUGGAUUAUGAAAUAGUGACAUUAACACAAUGACUGAGCUUGCAUUCAGUAAUGCAUACUCUCCAAGAGCUAUUUUUGUCCCACAGCAUUCAUCCUGAAAACAAAUUCACGCGCCAAUGAAA